AUGUCGACCGCUAAGAAACAGGUGAUAAACAGGCACCUCGAGGCCGCCGUGAGAUCCUUUCGGGCUGCAUGGAACGACGACUCUAUUCUGGGGGAUGCGAAGGCUUACGUGUACAGCGUCGCCGUCCCCUACGUGAUGCACCCGGCGGUGGCGCUCAUGGGCUUGCACAACCUCGGGUUCCUUGCCGCGAACGGCAUCAAGGCGGGCGUGAGGUCGUCGGGGGCGAAGGUGACCAACUUCGGGUCCUUCUUCUACCACGGGAAGAAGACGGGGAAGUCCAAUUACACGGACUUUGUCUUCCAGCACGGGGAGGAGUUCGAAGUGGACGUCAACGACGCGGCAUGCAGGCUGAUCCACAACCCGCCUGCUCAGGCGGACGGCGUGCCUUCGGACCCCCCCACCACCACGAACAUCAUAUUCAAGAACGUGGGGCCCGAAGAGAUGAUGGCUCAAGCAGACCCGAAUAAGUUUGGGCGCGGGUGGUGGUCCGCCAUCUGGGCAGAGGCGGAGUUCGGGAGCCACUGCGAGCAAGUGAAUCUUCUCGGCUCGGGCGGCGCCCAGAAAAAGUACGAGAACCAGGCGGGGUACAACGACCUAUUCGACGACGGCAUGGCCUCGAAGCUCUACCGCGACGCGUCGAAGAACUACGGGAAGGACGUGUUCGCUAACUGGAAGCGCCGGGUUCUCCAACGGCAAGAAGUUCGCACCAUGGGGUUCUACCACACUGGGCGCAUGAACUCCCAUGACGCGUACAAGCUCCUCUGCGAGGCCGAAGGACACCAUUCCAUGGCGUUGCUGGACCGGUAUUGCGCCAUGCCGCUGAUUCCGGAGAAUCCGUACGCGGACCCCCCGGGCGGUUUCGAUCCCCCGGAGGUUGUCAAGAAGGCAGACGGGGAGUUGCAGCGCGACGCGCACGGAUUGUGGCGCAGGGACAAGCUGCCUGCCCCGAGGAAGGAAGUGCUUGACGGCAUGAGGGCGGUCAAGGAUUUCGUGGAGAGCAACCCCAACGCUGUGGCGCGCUUCACGCCCAAAGGUGCAGCUCUGUAUCGCCUGGUGGACAGCGUUAACUGGAGCGCGGCCGACCGUCUUCAGUACGUGGAUGAGGACAAAGCCGCCCGGCUUCGCCAGCUGCAGCGCUUCCUCUACGACUUCGCCAUUGCCCAGCUGCUGCUUGAAGUCCAGAAGGCUGCCUCCGGUCCCGCGGGCCCAGCGGGCGACGCAGCUGACGCUGGCGCGGCGGCCGCUCCGGGCGCGGUUGCCACUCGCCCCACGGUGAAGGACGCGUUCGUCGACGAGCAGCACGUCCAGCGUGCAGUUUGCCACUUGGCUGCGAUCUGGGAGGGCCGCGAGUCCUUC